UCGACCAGCAUCACUUGCAGCACCGAAAACACCACCACAUUAAUCAUUGUAGCCCGCAUCCUACUUCAACAACAAUAGCCAAAGACCAGAGCCAAACUGCAAGAUCAAAUAGAGAAACAAUGACGGCCGCCCCUCACCUCCGCUCCAUCUACCGCUCCCUCUUGCGCGAGCUCCCGCCCCGUCCCGUCCUCGCUCGCAAGCGCCCCCCAAUCCACAACCGCCUGCGUGCCAGCUUCGCCCCGACCAACGCCAAUUCCCUCGAGGCCGACACCGCGGCAGUCGCUGCCGCCGAGGCUGAGCAACUGGCCGCUUACCUCCGCGCACAGCGUACCUACGUCACCCUCCUCGAGCGCUACAACCCCGGCAUGGACAUGGACGAGGAGGAGCGCGUGCGCCUGUCGGCCCGGAGGGUUGGCAUGGACCUGCCCAAGGAAUUCAAAGACCGUCUUAAUUGAGCGGUUUC